GGGCGCUGAUGCUGAUUCAGGAUGCGGCUGAAGAGAGACGGAGGCUGAUGUGAAAAUGCUGCAGCGUCGAGCAGGACACAAUGCUCCGUGUUCCUCAAACCUCUCGCUCUGAAACGCUCCUGCGGACACAGAACAGCAGGUGAAUGGCAGGAUUGUGUGAAGAUCUGGCCGGCUGAUGCAGCGUGUAGGAGUCGACUGUGACGAAAACAUGAACGGUGCAGGAGAGCAGGUGGACAUCCUGCCCCAGAACUGCAUGGUCAAGGAGCGCUGGAAAGUGUUAAAGAAGAUCGGAGGCGGGGGAUUCGGGGAGAUUUAUGAAGCGCUGGACUUGUUGACCCGGGAGAACGUGGCUCUGAAGGUGGAGUCGGCGCAGCAGCCCAAACAAGUGCUGAAGAUGGAGGUGGCAGUGCUGAAGAAACUACAGGGGAAAAAUCACGUGUGUAAGUUCAUCGGCUGUGGCAGAAACGAGAAGUUCAAUUAUGUGGUCAUGCAGCUACAGGGGAGGAACCUUGCUGAUUUGAGACGCAGCCAGCCUCGUGGAACGUUCUCCAUGAGCACCACUCUGCGUUUAGGGAAACAGAUCCUGGAGGCCAUCGAGGCCAUUCACUCUGUCGGCUUCCUGCACCGAGACAUCAAACCUUCGAACUUCGCCAUGGGUCGGCUGCCGUCCACGUACAGGAAGUGCUACAUGCUGGACUUCGGCCUCGCUCGUCAGUACACCAACACUAACGGAGAAGUGCGGCCUCCGAGAACGGUGGCGGGAUUUCGGGGAACGGUGCGAUACGCUUCAGUCAACGCUCACAAGAACAAAGAGAUGGGACGUCAUGAUGAUUUGUGGUCGUUGUUCUACAUGCUGGUGGAGUUCACUGUGGGACAGUUACCCUGGAGGAAGAUCAAAGACAAGGAGCAGGUUGGUCAGAUUAAAGAACGUUACGAACACAAGAUGCUGCUGAAACACAUGCCGUCUGAGUUUUAUAUUUUUCUGGACCAUGUGCUUUGCCUGGAUUAUUACACCAAACCUGAUUACCAGCUGUUGAUGUCGGUGUUUGAGAACAGUAUGAAGGCGAGAGUGAUUACCGAAAACGAGCCGUUUGAUUGGGAGAAAUCGGGAACUGAUUUGUCGUCGAACAGCACGGCCACGCCCCCUCAACAGAACACACGGCAAACUGCAGCGAUAGUCGGCGUGGUGAACGUGACGCCGGUUCCUGGUGAGUUACCGAGGGAGAACACGGACGAUGUGCUUCAGGACGAGCACCUGAGCGAUCAGGAGAACGCCCCGCCCGUGCCGUUACCCAUAAGGCCCGGCGAGGUGGCUCUGGUGCCCCCUGGUGGCGAGGCGUGGGACGACACUGACUUCAAUCGCAACAAACUCAGGAUCAGCAUCAGCAAGACGCAGGUAACUGCAGAAGAGGAGGAGCAAGCGGAAGGGGCGGAGCCUGUUUCCCCGAGACCUGCCGACACAGAACCCCCCGGGUCUCAAGUACGACCCCUCAGGUACCGACGAAUCAACAGCCCUGAAUCUGAUCACCUGACCGGAGCAGACGGGAGGGCAGACGGCUGUGACAGACGCUCCCGGAUGGACAUGCUCGGCUCUCCGUCUCGCCUCGUCCUGUCGUCUCAGCCGGCUCAGAUGUUCUCGGUGGAAGGCGGUCACGAGGCUCACAGUAACGCCUUCAUCCGCUCCGUGCCAUUGGCUGAGGAGGAGGACUUCGAUAGCCGCGAGUGGGUGAUGAUCGACAAGGAGGCGGAGCUUCGUGACUUCCAGCCGACCACAUCAGGAACCACGGACGAAGAGCCGGAGGAGCUCCGCCCCCUGGAAGAGCACGAGGAAAUGAGGAGGAGGAGGGGGGAACGAGGGAACGAGGUCGUGGUUCGGCCCAAAACGCAGCGCGGAGCAACGGGAUUGGCUGGAGUGGAGGAGGAGGCGGGGCCGAGUCACCGCAGGAGGGAGUCAGAGCCGUUUGGGCCACACAGACAGGAGCCUCUGGAGGCGGAGUCAAAGGUGAAGCGCGUCGACUUCUUGUCCACGGUGCUGAUGUUUGACGCUCAGAGAGAAACCUCACGACGUUCAGGAAGUGAUGGAAGCCCAGAAGGUGCCGCCUCCACGCUGCUGGCUCCGCCUCCUCGUGACCAAGACCAGGAAGAAGCGUCCCGUACGUUGGUGCUCGUGUCCGCUGGUAACGGGGCCGUUUCCCCCGGCGACGGUCAGGGCACGUUGGGGGCGGUGACACCACAGGCUCCCGACGAAUCAGAGCGCGGGACUCUUGCAUUCAUGUUCAGACCUGCUGCUAUGGUGACAGGCGCCGUGGCGGCAGCUGGACGCUCCUCAUCUCCUCCACUGGCAAAGGUGGAGCGAACAUUCGUGCACAUCGCCGAGACAACACACCGCAUCGUCAUGACAACAGGGAAACAGCUGCCUGAGUCCGAGAAACCCUAUGUACGGGAUGAGGAAGAGGAGGAAGUGAUGGAGGAGAAGAAGGAUGGAAGCAUGGGUGAAGAAAAAGGAAGCAGCAAGGAGGAGAUCAUCUGGGAAAGAGCUGAGAGACAGGUAGAAUACGGUGAAGAGCGAAAGGAAGAGCAGGAAGUGGAGGAGGAAGUGGAGGAGGAAGUGGAAGAGGAAGUGGAAGAGGAAGUAGAAGAGGAAGUGGAAGAGAGAGAAAAAGUGGAAGAGAUGGAAAAAGAGACUUGGCCUCUGAGGAAGAAGAUGAUUGAUCUCAAGGAGAAGGAACGAGAGAGUGAAGGCGAGGAGAGAGAGAAAGAUGAAGAGAUAGAAAAAGAAAAAAUCUGUCCUACAGAGGAGGCGGAGCCAGAGCCAUCAGCUGAGUCAGGUGACCAGCAAGGACCUUCCUUCAUUGGACGUGAAGAAACCAUAGAGAUGGAGGUGCGAGAUAAACCUGAAGAGGUUCCAGUGGAACAGGAACAGACCCGUGAAGAAGCACGUCCUGUUCUAGUCGCCGGCAUAGGGAAGGAGGCGGAGCCAGACCAGGAAGUUACAUCACCACAGCCUCGGCCACGGAGGCACAGUCGAAUCCCGGUGCUCAUUUCAGAAGAGGAAACCGGUUCGGACCGGUCAUCGCAAACCAGUCCGAACCAGCUGGUGCGUAAAAGCCGACGCCCACAACUGGCCCGACUCGUCCUGGAGCGAAAACGAUCCAACCAAUCAACAACCGCCUCCGAGGACGACACCCACCAAUCAGACGACUCGGCCAGGGCAAGGGGAGUAGAAGGACCAAUGAGGAGCCGGAUCCCACGGCCGGUCACGCCCAUUAAGAAGCCUUCUGUCCAAUCAGGGAGCGGGGCGGUGCCUCAGACUCAGAGAUCCGUCUCCUUCAUUCAGGCCAGUUCUGUUAGCUCCGGGAUGCAGAAGUCAGCAAGUGCUCACUCAAGCAUCCAUCAGCAGAAGCCCCGCCCACAGCUCCGCCCCUCCAAAACGCUCCCACCCCGCCCCCUGACCCCGGCCCCUACAGCCCACAGACCCUGGGCUCCAGGCCCCGCCCCCUCACCUGCCACUCGGACAGCUCAGCGUUCCGCCUCCCGGCCCGGCGCUCCUCCUGCUUUCCGCAGCGCUAGCUCCGCCCCUCGCAGUAACUCCGCCUCACGUACGGAGAGCCCCUCCCCGCAGCGCUUCCGCCAUGCUGAGACACGCCCUCUUUCAACAACACAACCCAAAUCCAAAGCCCUGGACUCCGCCCACAAAAAGGGCAAAGCUUACCCAACGGCGGCGCAGAAAGGGAAGAGGGAGUCAUGUGACCCAAAAUAUAAAAGCAGAUAAUUACUGUAAAUGUAAAUCCACGAGCAUUUCACCUUCUAAUACAUCACACUCUCGUCCUCGUCCUCAUUAACAGCACUGACACGGAUACGAUAAUCACUCACACAGUCGCCUGUGCAGUCCGAUCUAAAAGUCUGAGUCUAACGCUGACCACACGUUCUUCAGUUUCUGGUUUAUUUCUACAUUUCUACAGCAUUCAGGUGAGGAAAGUUGCUGGUAUUCAGAGUCGGGUUACGCAGCUGAGCUCCACAUUCAGAUCAUUAAAUCACCUGCGUGUCGUUCACACCUCCGAGGUUACCAGAUGUUUAUUGAGUAUAAUAACGUCUAGAGCAGCACCUUUAAACACAAACGCUCACCUUUAAACUGAAAAGUGUAAAAUAUAAACAUUAAUGUGAUGAGAUCUGAGUGAGAAGAUGAGAAGGCGAGUGUUGAAAUAAAUCUAACAGGAGUCUCGUAUAUCACCGAUAUCACUGCAUGAAUAGAGCUCGCUGUAAUUCUCACAUUAAUCACCGCUUUAAUUUAACAAAAUGGCUUCCACACUCAUUAUUCAGCAGCUCAGAGAAUAGCACUUGAUCCAGCACAUCCUGAUAUUUAUUUAUUUAUUUAUUUUUAUAUUUAUGUAUUUAUUUAUUUAUUUGGAGCUCUGACAGUUACCCGAGUGCAACUUAAUGAUCUGAUUAAGACGCGUCUCUCCUCUGAUGUCCUCUGUGUGGAAAAAAGAACUUUUUGUGGACUUUAAAUUGUGUGAGUGUAUUUACGGCUAAAUCAUAAAUCUCAGCGUGACGUGUUGUGGUUAUAUUAAACAGUCAGAAGGUGGCGCUGGACUUAACGCUGCUCCUCACUCGAGCCGAAAUCACGCAAGGAACAUGUGCUUAAGCUGGAGAUCAGAAUCGAGCAUAACUGAGACACGCCCCUGUUUUAGAUAAGCUCCGCCCCAUGUGCGUGUAACUCUCACGUAACCUCUGAAUAGCGCUUCAGUCAGUAGUUUCGUGUGAGGUCCGAGUGCUGAUGCGUGUGAUUUCAGCGUUAAACCCUCACUGAGUGCUUUAACUCUACUGAAGAAUGGAAGUGAAUUAGAGUUUAGUAACCGAUGAUUACUACAGUGUUUGUGGACUCAGACUUUUAGAGCUGACUGUGUGCGAUACACAUCUGUUUCUCACUGUACACAACAGACACCUUCAUGUUUCAGCUGUUUAAAUACCUCUGCACAGGACACACACACACACACACACACACACACACACGACAUGAUGUUCUGAUGGAGUGGGUUGGACAGUAUAACACACCUCGCCUGCCUUAACAAAGCCUGCAGAGAGAUACGGUCUCACACCACACACACACACACACACACACACACACACACACACACACACUCUGUGCUCCAAUACACACACUGCUAUAGUCCACACACAUCCGUAAAUAAUCACACACACCUGAGCGAAGCUGGAGUGAUCAGCUCGUCGUGUGAUGUCACUCGCUGCUUCUCUGUUUUACUGUAAACACACACAGGAGCGUUAAUGUACACGUUUACGGCAUAAUGCAGGAGUUUAGACGAGCAGCGUACGUUAGGAUUCACGAGACAGUGUGACGUUAUACAGGACUGAAGCUUUGACUUAUAUCUGUAUAAUAAUAAUAAUGAUAAUAAUAAUAAUAAAAAUUUCUCAAGCACAAGUUUGUACAAAAUCAGUAAAUAUUUUAUCCUGAUCUAAAACCACAGCCUGUAGCACGAUAACCGAAAUAAACAAGCACACUGACGCUCGCUGUUAGAAAAGGGUUCUCAGAGAACCUUUCUGAUGGGAAAUCCUCAUUAACAGGGUCCUACAUGGAACCUUUUAGGGUUCUCCCAGAACAACAAGCUGAAAACUAAUUCAUGGUUCUAGAAUGAACUUUUUUUCUACAUACAACAAAGAAAAAUAACAAUAAAGAGAGAAGAACAGUAAAGAUAGACACAACACUACAUCUGAUUAUUAUUAUUAUUAUUAUUAUUAUUAUUAUUAAUCCAGAACGAGGGAAUCGUGUUGCUCUAUAAAGCCAGUUAUUGUAUGGAAGUGAAGCAUGCCUACAUUAGACCUUCAUAACACAUUCAUAAGCAGUUUAUGAACAGUUGAUACAGCAGUACAGGAUUAACGUAAGGAUCAUGUCACAGCCUGAGAAGAGUUUUAAUGUAUUUCACUUUAUCUUCAGGAGAAAGAAACACGACUGAGUGAGAAUGUUUAUCUGGAACUUUAAUCUAAUUUAAAUAUUAUAUUGGAAUUUAUUAUUCUGUGUUUAUUAACUGCACUUUUAUAAAAGAUUGAACAGGAGAGUGAAAUGUUGGAGGUGCGUUUACAUAAAACUACAGACGGCUCGAUAACGUUUCUUUUCCGAUACUGACACUGAACGCUGGAGUAUCAGCUGAUACCGAAACCCGUCUCUUACAGUUUUCUUUAAAAACCAAAACUCAGUUACUUUAAAAGGUUUUUUUUUUUACUGAAACACUUCACGGUUUAACCCUUUCACACCAAAAUCACUUACAUUGUAAAUAUAAUAAAAAGAAUAAAGUAUAAAUGUUAUAAAAUCAGUCCGAACAAUAAGAAAAACCAGGCAAGUCUCGUUAUAUUUAAACAUUUUCAAUUCCACAAAUAUAUUUCUUUCUCAAAUCCAGUUUCUGUUUGUUACAGGAUGUGAUCUGAUACCGGGUGUUGGCCCAGGUGCUGGUAUUGACUGAGUAUCGGAUCGGCACCGUCUCUAUAUCAAUAUCUAUAUCACUGUUAUAAACAUCACGAAGCCCUUAUUCCGGAUAAAUAGUGAUUUAAUGCCACUAACACAAACCUUUUGGCCAAAUGACCGCAAAUGGACGUUGAAUAAAUUUCCUGCGACUCCGAGCCUCGACGUUUUGGCUUUUCCUCGUUAUUUAUCGUCACGCUUGUACAUCCAUAUUCAGUAAAUAUCUCAGAAUACUUUCGUGACUUCUUUUGUCACUCGAUGUAGUUGUGGAACAAGUGGAGGAAGAAAUCUGUCCAGUUUUAUUGCUGAACUCAUGCGCUAGUGCAGCGUCGUCUUUUCAUUUCAGUGCGACUCGCAGAAACAUUUCAAAAUAUUAGUGCGCAAAAUCCGUCUUUAUUUUCAGAGCAAUAUUCAUAACGUUAUUAUAUUAAUAAUAUUAUAAUUUGUAAAAUAAAUAAUGCAGAAGAGGAGAUUUUCUCUCUCGACCCUGUUUGUAAAUCAAGCGACUCCACAUGAGGUCACGACCCCUAGUCUGCUUUAAACUAAAGUACUAAUCAAAGCAGUUAUAACACUGUUAUGAAGCACUAUGUACAACUUCUACACUUUUAAUGUGAAUGUGCUGUUAAUAAAAACAAAACUAAUAACUAAAUAAAGGGUUAAAAAAUAAAAACACUCUCCAUCAGUCGAUCAGGAUUAACCGAAUACACAUAAAGCCUCGAGGUGUGACAUAAAGCUUCAUAAAUUCUGCUGUGCUGCUUUAUAAACAGUUUAUGCAGUGCUUAUCAGGUAUGUAUGUACAGUCAGGUUCAUAAGUAUUUGGACAGAAUUUUUGCAAUGUUGCCUCUGUACUCCACCACAAUGGACCUGAAAUGAAGCAAUCAAGAUGUGUUUGAAGUGUAGUGUUUCAGCUUUAAUUCAGCCGUUUAGGAAUUACAGCCAUUUUCAGUCCCUCCAUUUUCACAGGCUCAAAAGUAAUUGGAUAAUUAACUGAUGAGGAGUUUCAUGUCCAGGUUUGGCCUGUUUCCUCAUUAUUUCAUCAUGAGUUGAGGAGAUAAAAGGUCUGGAGGUGAUUCCAAGUGUUAAGUUUGCAUUUGGUAGCUGUUCAUAGGAGCUCUCAAUAUGCGGUGCAGAGAGGUGUCGAUCCAAGUGAAGGAGGUCGUUAGGCUGAAAAAACAAAACACACCUAUCAGAGAGAUAGCAGAAACUUUAGCUGUGGCCAAAUCAACAAUUUGGUACAUUCUUAAAAAGAAGGAAUGCAGUGGCGAGCUCAGCAACACCGAAAGGCCUGGAAGAAAAACCCCUUCACAACAUCAACAGAAGUCAAGAACACUCUGGAGAAGGAAGGCGUAUCAUUGACAAAGUCUACAAUCAAGAGACGUCUUCAUGAAUGUAAAUACAGACGGUUUACCUCAAGACGCAAACCGCUGGGAACAUUCAAGAACAGGAAAGCCAGAUUAGACUCUGCUAAAACAAAAAGAAAAAAAAACUGACCAGUUCUGAUGCAAGAUUAACAUGUACCAGAAUGAUUGGAUGGGAAGAGAAUGGAGAAGGAAAGGAAGGGCUCAUGAUCCAAAACAUACACAUCAUGUGUCAAACAUUCCUAAUAUUUAUGAUUAUUAGUUUGUCCAGUUACUUUUGAGCCUGUGAGAAUGGAGGGACUCUGUAAAAAAUGGCUGUAAUUCCUAAACAGUUCAUGCAGUAUUUUAGUUAAACCUUUUGAUUUAAAGCUGAAAGUCUACAAUUCAGUCCCAUCCUGAUUGCUUCAUUUCAAAUCCGCUGUGGUGGAGGACAGAGGCAACAUUACCAUCAUUGUGUCACUGUCCAAAUACUUAUGGACCUGACUGUAUAUGAUAAAAGGCCUAAUGUAGAUGCAUUUCAAAUAAAGUGUUACUGAAAAUAGAUUUUUUGCUCUCAUGUCCACAAGCUGCAUGACCACUCCUGCAUUAUUCUAGAAACAUGUAAUAUAAAGGUUAUACAGCGUUUAUGUAAAUGUUAUACAGCGUUUAUAUAAAUGUUAUACAGCGUUUAUAUAAAUGUUAUACAGCGUUAUGAACACGCCGUCUAUCAGUUCACUCCAAACCACUUCGCAUUCAGUCACUGAAUUAUUCCUAAAGUUUUAUUUUCAUCAGUCUCACUCAGUGUCUGUACCUCAACCUGCUUUCAGGGACACACACACACACUCACACUCACACACACACUCACACACACACACACACACACUCACAUACACACACACUCACACACACAUAUUGCUGUUUAUUUCAUUCCAAAUCUGCAAAGAUUCACUACAAACUGCUAGAAAUGCUUCAAAAAUCCGUACAGUCUGAAGCGAAACCGAAAUCCUGAUAUCGAGACUCUUUAAACGUUUGACCUUCAUUCAGUCAAAUUUUCUAAAUAAUUUCACAGAAGGCAAGUUCUACAAUUCCAAAAUUAACCAGCGUGAAUUCAGAUCCAGAACGUUUAUGAAAAAAAAAUAUAUGAGAAGAUCUCUAGACUAGGCAUGUGCUGAUAUUAAAUACUCACGUCAUUAUUAUUACUUUUUAUCACAGGAUAUAAUAAUCUCGUGAUUUUAUAAUAUACACACUGGACAGAAAUGAACUUCAGUAAGCUAACGUUAUAGAUUAUAUAAAUGUUACAUGAUAUUUGUUCAUGAUAACAAUAAUAACUAUGAGUUAAAUAUAGCCAUAAUAUAUAUAUAUAUAUAGUGUUACUGAUUAUCAGCACAUGCCUACACAAGUAAAUUUACUCUCGACCCCAAAUCUAUUACUCAUUACUGCCCAUAAUAUUCUCCUUUAAGCCCCGCCCUUAAUCUGGAAAGCUUUAUCUUAUUGGCCCGCUUAUUAACGACCCCCUCUCUCUGAUUGGUCGAUUGCUGUGAUCGCCUCCUCCCUUUGGCAUGCCUUUGGAAAUGCUCGUUCUUCUCUUUCUAUAAUCGUCUGUUGAAAAUAUGUAGAUAAUACAAGCACUUUUCGAGACAAAUUUAUAUUUAUUUUUGUUUCCGAAAGGAAGAAACGGAUGUAAUAUAAAAAUAAGAAAAUAGUGUUAAUUUUUGUUAGUUUUAGUUUUUAUUUUAAAGUGCUCAUUAAACGUCAAUCAGAUAUUUGGGGUGAGCUUUAUCAGAAUAAAGAAACAGAAAUAACGGAUGAAGUUAAACAGCUGAAGGAGAUAAACAUGAGGAAGUGCUAAUGUGUUCCCUAAAACCAAUCAUUCUCUAUUGAAAGUGAAAGUGAUAAUGAUUGGGAUAAACGAAGCUAAAACUCCCCGGUCUGUUGAUAUGAUGAUGAUGAUGAUGAUGAUGAUGAUGAUGAUGAUCUUUUCGAUGUUGGUGCUUGUUGUGUCAAUGACGGUCUUUACUGUGUGAUACGAUGCAACACACACGUCCUGAAAACAUGCAUCACGUUUCUUUGACAUUUAUAAACUCCUGAGAGAGUGCUUCUGAUUGGACGGUUCCCCGGGUUCUGCUGCAGAACAUUUGCAUGCUGUAGGACUUGACUGGAACAUGGAGAAGAAUUCCUGAAUGUUCCAGAACGUUCCUGAAUGAGCGAGGAAAGACGUUCUCACUUUAAUGAUCUCCUUCAUGUCUCCACCGCAGAGGGAAUCCUGCAUGACUGCGACGUUCAUCAUUAAACGCUUCUCUUAUUCCACCUUUCUGACGAGUUUUCCCAACGAUCAGCGAUGCCAAUCAAUAAACAGGAGCCACACCAGU